AAACAUCCUCCGGAGUAUAUUCGCAUGUAAGUGCAAGUUAUGAAGCGAAAAACAUUAGCUAAAUGGCUGGUUUUCGGUCUUUGUUUUGUCAUUCAUUUUGGCAUACAACUUUACUUGAUGUGGCGUGUUCCUCAAUAUGCUGCACACGUGUAUUCAGCGUCAAAGUUAGACCGGCUGGACGCAGACGACAGACGUGAAGAUUUCCCAAGAAUAAGGCAACACCACGCUGGAGUGAAGGACAACAGAGGAAGCGAAUUUAGAGACAGGAAUGGAACCUUGGAUGGAAAGAGUUCGUCACUUAUCAUCAGUCAAGCGACUGUUAAAUUUAAUAAUAAAGAUGACCCAUCAAUCUUAAGCGAGCUUCAGAUAAUAAAGGAACAACUGUCACGGCCUGAAACUCGACUCUCAUUACUACAGAAUCUGGAGUCCAGUUUAUUCAGUUCCAGAAUUGAUGUUCCAAGUGACAGUAGUUGUAAUCUGCCGUCUGUGAUUCCACCUGAUAUGUGUGGCAAUGUAUCAUGGGAGUGCAGUCUUAGCUCAUCAUUUGUUCAACAUGACAGGGUUAACAGAACACUGCAGGUGCAUUGCCCAGGUGAAUUUCGAAUCAACUUUAUUUCAAGAGAAGAGAGUGAAACACUUCUUGCUAACGCUAAGUACAUACCAGACCGUGAAUGGAACACAUACAAAGGACCUGCUACUGUACCUUUCAAAACUCAAUAUGCAGAUGUAGUAUGUCCCAUGAAGAUUGGAAAAGACAUUGUUGAUCAGCAUAACUACAGAACCCAAUUUAUUCCAAAUGUGACCUCUAUAAAAGAGCAAAAAGAGACUUAUUCUAAAAAGCAAUCAUCCUGUGACAACUGGCAACCUUUGUCCAUAUUAUCCAUCAAUCUUGAUUCAAUGUCACGACCACAUUUUCAUCGUCCAUGUGGACUUCCAAAGACAGCCCAGCUCCUGAAGGAUCUAUAUUACUCAGGAACUGGAACUAAAUCAACUCAUCAAGCAUUUCUCUUUAACCGAUUAAAUUCUGUUGGUGGUGUGACUGCAAUGAAUCUUACACCAUUGUAUGCAGGGCUUUAUUUAAGAAAGAGUGAUGAAGAAAAGCGUGUAUUACUUCACAGAUACCCGCGUAAAAUAAAUGAAUGGAUGUGGGAUUAUGCUAAUUCUCUAGGUUAUUUAACUAGCUAUGGAGUUGAUACAGGAAAUGGUCUCUUUGGUACUAGGACUGUAUGUAAGACUUGUACCAACAGACCAGGAUCAUUGCCUCAUUGGGAAGAUGGAUGGGUGAAACAUGAAAAUAAAGAGAUUCGUCUUGGUGUGUUGGCCGGACUAUGUAAUGGUGAUACAUUCAUUCAUGAACAUAUUAUGAAUUAUACCAAGGACUUCUUGAAUUCUGACCAUCCAGCCAAAUGGGCAGCUUUUGACCUGAAUGCUAAACAUAGGCCUGAACCAGACUCAGCAACACAGAUUGAUGACAGCUUGCUACAUCUAUUAACACAACUGAUGAAGUCACAACCAAACCUGGUCAUUUUCUUAUUUGGUGAUCAUGGUGAUCGAUACCAUGGUAACUAUUCUGAUAAUGCUGGGAGUUACCUUGAGAUAUUUUUACCGUUUUUAAGUAUCAUCGCUCCAAGACAUGUCAUGGAAAAGCAUCCUGAAUGGGAGAGGAACUUACUGAUCAACAGUCAGAGAUAUUUGAUUCAUCAAGAUAUACAUCAUACAAUGAAGUCACUUAUGCACUACCCGGCAUUACACAAUGUAUCUGGGCAUGUGUCUACAUAUUCCUAUAACUUAUUUACCCAGGUUAUACCAAGGUCAAGAACAUGUUCCAGUGCCAAGAUGCCAUACUGGAGUUGCGUCUGUGGGGGACCAAAGCUCCUCCCUCCAGAUAGAUGGACUGAAGAGCUUCGGUCAUUUACAAGAAGAGCUGUAUCUGAGAUAAAUGCAAAACACUCUCAGCAAACUUUACUUCAUGAAGAUCCAACUGAAAAGAAUGUAUCAACUAGAUGUCUGGACAUUGUGCUGAGAGAUAUUAGUAGCAUAGCAGCAUAUGAGCAUGAAUAUGCUGGGGUGUUUACUUCAUAUUAUCAUAUAACAUUCACAUCUGAUAUUGGACCAUCAAAAUGGCAAGCAACUAUAGACGGUAAAGGAUCCAUUCAAUCUCUAAAGCAAUUGACGAGAUACCAGAAAUAUGAAACGUGCAGAGAUUUCAGAGUAUCCAUAGAGUUUUGUGUUUGUCAUCAAUUUCCAGCUGGGACUCCUUAAUAUAAAAGUAUGUAGAUAAGGUAUCUAGAUCGUCCAAUUUAUAUAAUUCAUGUAGACUCUUAGAGAAAUACUCUUGCGUACGAGUUGGUGUAUAUACGAGUUGAUGAAUGUACGGGUUGUUGCACUGACGAGUUGUAUGCAGCCACCCAAAGGCAAACAGGAAGCUGGUCUUCUUGCCCUCUGGCAAGCUCACCCCAACCUCAAAUAAUGUCGCCCCAAACAAAGUUGCUCCCAACAAUGUCGCCCCAAACAAGUUUACCUUGCCUGGGUAGUGUUGAGCUGAUCCUGCCUGGGUGUGGUAUUGAACUCACCCAGCCUGGGAAGUGAGAUCCUCCACCAAUUACCAACGGUUACAUAUUGAUGAAGGCAGCUUAAAUGCAGAGAUUCAAUAAGCGGAAAUUUUAAAUCUGGCAACUAAACGCUCACUUAAUUUUUUAUAUUGAGUUAACUGUUCACUGUUUUUAUUUUUUAUAUUUUUUAUAAAACUCUGAUUGUACUUUUUACACAGUUCAGCCAUUUGGCUGCAAUGUUUGAUUGUUUUUAUUUACUAAUAAAAUCAAUUAAUCCUGGAUAGACUUUUGAGUAUUGUUCCAAAUUAUGCAUAAACUUGUUAAUGGCUCUAGCAGGGUCUUUCUCAAUCGCCAACUCUAAUUUUCAAAAUUCUUGAAUGAUAGACGGCCCUUUUGUUGCCGAGAAUGUGGCACCAAUCUCUGUAAAAGUCAAUUUUGUUACAACACAGGGUGAGCUCGUUUGGGGCAACAUUGUUGGUGGCAGGCUACCUUGUUGGGGCAAGCUUGUUAGGGGAUGAUAUUACCAGCACUUAGACUUCCCCCUAGCUCUAUGCCAAGGAGAUAAGAACACCUAAAGGAUGGGGUAAGUUAUCUUAACUACGGUACAACAACCCUUCAGUACCAUUUAAGUUAAGUUCAAAGCUGGAACAUUAUUAAUGCUGUGUGCAAUCAUCAUUACACUUACUUAUUUUGUUGAAAAUUGGCUCAAAAGCAUGAAUAGCAUAAAAGUAUUAAUAGCUGAAAAGUAUUAUAGAUAAUUCAUAACCACCCGGCACAGUUUAUCAAUUAUGACCCCCUAACAUUAACAUCAGACCUGAAUAGAAGUGAUAUUAGGACUUGUACUUGGGUGGGGGAUAUCCAUUGGAAAAGUAGAGUUGGUAAU